CGCCGCCGCCGCCGCCGCCGCCGCCCGGGAGCUGGGCCGGGCCGCCAUCAUGCUGAGCCGGCUCGGGGCGCUGCUACAGGAGGCCGUGGGGGCGCGGGAGCCCAGCAUUGACCUGCUGGAGGCCUUUGUGGAGCACUGGAAGGGCAUCACUCACUACUACAUCGAAAGCACAGAUGAAAACACCCCAGCCAAGAGAACAGACAUUCCCUGGCGGCUGAAGCAGAUGCUGGACAUCCUGGUGUAUGAGGAGAAGCAGCAGGGGGCCGCCGGCGAGGCUGGGCCCUGCCUGGAGUACCUGCUGCAGCACAAGAUCCUGGAGACCCUGUGCACGCUGGGCAAAGCCGAGUACCCCCCAGGCAUGCGGCAACAGGUGUUCCAGUUCUUCAGCAAAGUUCUGGCCCAGGUGCAACACCCCCUCCUGCAUUACCUCAACGUCCACAGGCCUGUGCAGAAACUUCUCCGACUUGGUGGGACAGUCCCUGGAUCCCUCACAGAAAAGGAGGAGGUGCAGUUCACUACCGUCCUCUGCUCCAAGAUCCAGCAGGAUCCAGCCCUGCUCACCUACAUCCUGGAAGGUAAAAAGAUUAUAGGCAAGAAGACAACAUCCAGAGAAUCCAUCACCCUGCCUAAAGAGGCACCCAGCCACAAGGAGGCUCCUGACAGGGAGUCCAGACUUGACGGGGAGCCCGGUGCGGCCCAGGCCUCAAACGCCCAGCAGCCUGCUGAGACUGAGAACCCAGAUGGUGGGAUUGGAGAGAGCAACCUGAUUACUUCCCUGAUCGGGCUGUGCAAGAGCAAGAAAAGCCGCGUGGCCCUGAAGGCCCAGGAGAAUCUGCUGCUCCUGGUAAGCGUGGCUUCCCAGGCAGCUGCCACCUACCUGGUACAGAGCAGCCCCUGUUGCCUUGCAAUCACUGAGCACCUUUGCCAGCUGUACCAGUCCAUGCCUGCCUUCCUUGACCCUGCAGACAUUGCUGCUUUAGAGGGCAUCAGCUGGAGGUUACCCAGUGCCCCAUCUGAUGAGGCUUCCUUCCCUGGCAAAGAGGCCUUGGCUGCCUUCUUGGGCUGGUUUGAUUACUGCGACCACCUCAUCAUGGAGGCACACACGGUUGUUGCAGAUGCCUUGGCAAAGGCUGUGGCUGAGAAGUUAUUUGUGGAGACUCUGCAGCCCCAGCUCUUGCACGUGUGUGAGCAGAGCAUCCUGACCUCCACCGCCCUGCUGACGGCCAUGCUGCGCCAGCUUCGGUCCCCUAUUCUGCUGCGUGAGGCCGUGACUUUUCUCCUGGGCACAGAGCGGCAGCCUGAGGCCCCUGAGGACAGCCCCCGUACCCUGUGUGCCCACCUCAUUGGGCACUGUGACCACCUCUCUGAUGAGAUCAGCAUCGUCUCCCUGCGGCUGUUUGAGGAGCUGCUCCAGAAGCCGCAUGAGUGGGUCAUCUACAGCCUGAUCCUGCGCAACCUUGAGGGCCGCCUCUACGUGGCCCGGGGCUCGCCCGAGCCUGAGAACUAUGAGGACACCCUGGAUCUGGAGGAAGACCCCUACUUCACUGACGGCUUCCUCGAUUCCGGCUUUCAACCCUCCUCAAAGCCUCCCCCAGUUCCUGCCACCAACUCAGAUGGCAAAACAGCAGUGACUGAGAUCGUCAACAGUUUCCUCUGCCUGGUUCCUGAGGAAGCCAAGACAUCAGCUUUCCUGGAGGAGACUGGCUAUGACACCUACGUCCAUGAUGCAUACGGACUGUUCCAGGAGUGCAGCGCCCGAGUCGCCCCCUGGGGUUGGCCCCUGGGCCCCACACCCCUGGAUCCCCACGAGCCCGAAAGGCCUUUCUUUGAGGGUCACUUCUUCCAAGUGCUCUUUGACCGGAUGUCCCGGAUUUUGGAUCAGCCAUACAGCCUGAACCUGCAAGUGACCUCAGUCCUGUCCCGGCUCGCCCUCUUCCCCCACCCCCAUAUCCAUGAGUAUCUCCUGGAUCCCUACAUCAACCUGGCCCCUGGCUGUAGGAGCCUGUUCUCUGUGCUUGUCAGGGUAAUUGGAGACUUGAUGCAGAGAAUUCAGAGGGUACCCCAGUUCCCAGGCAAACUGCUCCUGGUGCGAAAGCAGCUAAUGGGUCAGGUCCCUGGGGAACAGCUGGACCAUCAGACCCUCCUUCAAGGUGUGGUAGUACUUGAGGAAUUCUGCAAGGAGCUGGCCGCCAUUGCUUUUGUUAAGUUUCCCCCACAUGGUCCUCACCUGAACCUCUCCCCACCCCCAUAAGGGCAUGUCUGAGCCAGAAGGAUGACGGGUGGAGAGAUUCCUGUCCAUACUUCUGCCCAAGAGCUGCCUCCUGCCUGGCAUUCCUGCCACCACUCUCCUCCCAGGAGUUGGGGGCUGGGCUUGCCUCCUCUGUAUCCCAGGGACCUCCGCCUCUGCCAAAGCCUGGGCUUCAGCUCCCAGGUUAACUAAGAAGACCUUGGCUUGUUGACCAGACCGGACUGGGUUUCAGGGAGUAGCCCUCAGAGGCACCAGAUGCCACAGGAGCUAAAGAGAUGGCUUCCCAGGCAGCACGGUGUCCUCGGGGCCUUCUCAGAGGAGCUGAGUGAUGGCCAGAUGAGCACCCGGACCCCAACCUCAUGUUUUCUGCACAUAUCACCCUUCUGGCCAGGGCCAAGACCUGCAACUCAAUUCUGGAGGCAAGAGCGGGAGUGAGCAGAUGGCUCCAGAGGCUGCUCAGGAACCUAGGCCAGAGACAGGGGGCACGGGGGCCCUGUUCCUGUCAUAUUAGGUACCACAGAAGCUCCUGAGACUUGGCAUUUUUCUUCCUUGGCUGGACCCAUGGGGAAGGGGCAGUGAAGGAGAGCAGGGGAAGCCCCCUCUGCCUGCUCUGCCCUCCUGGACAUGAUUGCAAAAUUCCCAAGCACCUCAUGGCAAAUGCCCAAAGCAUGCUCCGCACCCAGGCGGGGGUAGCUGCUAAUGAGAACCUUGAUGCACUGCAGCCAGGGCGGGAGAGGGCCUGGGGAGCUGGGGAGCUGGGUGCCAGGCUACAGCUACAGCUGGUUUCUCUCCGGCGCCUUCUGAACCCGUCUCAGCAGGUCCACAACACCUGGGCACAGAGGCUCAGAGACCAGACCUUGCCCUUAGCAUUCUGCCCAGCCCCCAGUAUUCUCGACAGAAUGCCCUUCUAGAGGGGCAUGUGAGGCCAGUAUCCCACCCGACUAGAGGCCCCCAAGGCCUGGCAGGGAGGGGCUGAGGCACAGGCAGCCAGUUCUGGCGUUGUUCUCCCUGCGUGCCCUCCACGGCUGGGGCUGUCACCCCACCCGCUCCGAAUCUGUCUCGACCUGCAGGAACACACAGGCGGCGCCAGGCAUUACCUCACGUCAGGACUGCAGCUGCUGGCUUCGCUCCUGGGCAAGGAGGAGCAGGCCAGAGCCCCUUUCGCUUCCUUUUCCUGCCCAUGUCGCUUCUAGAAGCCGGGCGCAGGUUGCCAAGAGGUGACAUGAAAGAGGAGGAAACUCAAUGACCUCUACCUCUCCACGUUCCUCCAAGCUGGGGAGGACUUAGCUGCUGCUCAGAAGAACGCCGUGCAUUUGUGCGUGUGCGCGUGUUGGUGUGGGACAGGAGAGCAGAUCUCAGUGGAUGAACUGUCUGGACCCGUAGAUUCAGAAAAUGCUCAAGGGUCUGGGCGUCACAGGCCCUCCACUCUCAAUGCACUUUGGCAUUUGCAUGGCACCUUCCCUGAGACAGCACAGCAAUAAACGGUGUGGUUGCGCGGA